AUGGGGCCAAAAAUGCAAAACAUGGAAUCCCUGUCUCAGAUCCAGACCCAGUCUCAGACUCAGAUCCAGACUCAGACUCGGAUUCAGUCUCAGUCUCCGCCGCGGAGAGAAACAGUGGCUGUGAUCGGCUCGGGCAUGGCAGGUCUUGUUACGGCGCAUUUGCUUGUCUGUGAUAAUAAGAAAGAGAAGGAUGAGAAGGAUGAGAGGCGGAGGUUUGAUGUGGAGGUUUUGGAGAUGCAAGAGAAGCUCUCGCUCGACUCGGCGAGUUAUACGCUUCCACCGUCUUCAUCAUCUGCAUCUAUGAACGGGAGAGAAAACGAAGAAAAAGACGGACAAAGAAUCGAUCUGCCCAUGCGCGCCUUCGCCGCCGGGUACUACGACAACCUCCGCAAGAUGUACGAGUAUCUCGGCGUGCGGUUUGCAGAGCCGAAGUUUGUUUAUAGUCUGUCGACGCUGUCUGGUGGUGAUGGUGAUGAUGAUAGUAUCUCGACUUCGUCACUUUGCAAGGAGAAAACGAAGUACGAGGAAGAGGAAGAGAAAGAGAAGAAAGAUAACGGCGAUGGCAUCUACUUCAUCCACUCGUCAAACAACCACAUCCUCCCCCCAAUUCGACCUAGCGGGGUUGGCGCCGCGGAGUGGGUGUUUGAGACUGCGUACCUGGUCUUUUGGUAUCUCUGGUUCACGGCCGCUUGCUUUCUGGUCGUGCCUAAGGUCGCAUCUAGCUCACGGCCUGGCUUGAAGAAGAGCACCACCGGCGAGACACUAGGCGCGUACCUGACUCGCGUCAGAAUACCGACCUACUACACCUGGCGCUACCUCCUCCCACUCAUUUCCAGCAUCACGACGUGCACACACCACGAACUGCUCAAUUUCCCAGCCAGCGACAUCGUCGGCUAUGCGCGCCAAACGUACCGCAAGCCGCAUUACACAGUAACAGGCGGCGUCCAGGCCGCAGAGGCGAAACUCUCCAGCGGGCUGAGCGUCAAGUUCAACACCAGAGUCACAAACGUCGAGAGCAUCGAGGGCGGCGAGAAGGUCCGGGUUUCGUGGAUUGCGCAGGGGAAAGCAGGAUCGAAGGUCUACGACCGGGCGAUCAUCGCCGUGACGCCGGAUGUCGUAGGGAAGAUUUUCGCCCCGCUGAGGGAUGCAAUGAGUGUUAUCCCGACGACGACGGUGCAGACGGUUGUGCACCGUGAUUUCUCGCGCGUGGAGAGAUAUAGUGCGUAUCUGCGGGAUAACUCGCGGCUUCAGAAGCGGAAGUUUAAAUCGGUGCUGGAUUCAUCAUCUUCAGCGGGUUCGGCGGGGGAUUUAACAAGGCCGCUGCCUCUUACGGCAAUGCACAUGGUUACGGAUGUCGCCAGUUCCAGGACGGAAUCGAUACACGAACAUCCCGCGCAGGUCCUCGUGACGACGUACGCGCUGGAAGGCGGCAUCGACGAGUCGAAGAUCCUGCACCGGGUGGAUUUCACGCGUGUUCUACGCACAGCGCAGAGCCAGGCUGUUGUCAAUUCGAUGUUCGACAGUGCAACUACACCCGCCGUCCUUUCAUCGGUGGAUGAAAAACAGGAUAAGGCAUGGAAGAGCGGCGACGGGAAUGUCUUUAUCGUCGGCGGUUGGUGCUGGGAUGGCAUGGUGUUGUUGGAGGGGUGUAUUGUCUCGGCGAUGAGGGCUGCGGAUGCGCUGGGGGUUGAUGUUCCGUGGACGAGAUAG